AUGUUUGCUCGUCUCAGCCUAUUUGAUGAUGGUAGAUUGUUAGCUGAGCUUCAAGUGAGACCAACCUGGAAUGAUCAAAUUAAGGAGAAACAGUUGUUGGAUGAGUCAUUGGUUCCUCAUUUCGGAUUAGUUGAGAAUGGAGAGACUGUGGAUUUUAGUCUAAAUAGUGAGGGAGUACUAUGUUUCCGUGGGAGAGUUUGUGUACCGAGGGAUUCUGAUUUGAAGCAAUCUAUACUGCAAGAAGUGCAUAGGCUUAGGCGCGAGGUUCCUGAUUUCGUGGGUAAGUGCUUGACAUGCCAGAAAGUUAAAGUUGAGCAUCAACUGCCUUCUAGGUUACUGCAGCCAGUAAAGAUUCCACUCUGGAAGUGGGUGAGGGCAACCAUGGAUUUUGUAAGUGGGCUAGCCUUAACGCCGACUAAUAAGGAUUCAGAACUGGUUAUUGCAGACCAAUUGACUAAAUCUGCCCACUUUAUACCAGUCCACACUGAUUAUUCAUUGUAG